CUCCUCACUUCUCAGACAGGGCAGCCGGGCAGAGGCGCUCCUCACUUCCCAGAUGGGGUGGCGGCCAGGCAGAGGCACUCCUCACUUCACAGAUGGGGUGGCCGGGCAGAGGCGCUCCUCACUUCCCAGACGGGGUUGCCCGGCAGAGGCACGCCUCACUUCUUCCCAGAUGGGGCGGCCGGGCAGAGGCGCUCCUCACUUCCCAGACAGGGCGGCCGGGCAGAGGCGCUCCUCACUUCCCAAAUGAUGGGUGGCCGGGCAGAGGCACUCCUCACUUCCCAGAUGGGGCGGCCGGGCAGAGGCGCCCCUCACUUCUUCCCAGACGGGGCGGCCGGGCAGAGGUGCUCCUCACCUCCCAGACGGGGCGGCCAGGCAGAGGCGCUCCUCACUUCCCAGAUGGGGUGGUGGCCAGGCAGAGGCACUCCUCACUUCCCAGAUGGGGCGGCCGGACAGAGCCGCUCCUCACUUCCCAGAAGGGGUGGCCGGGCAGAGAUGUGGUGGUGGCCAGGGAGAGGCACUCCUCACUUCCCAGAUGGGGCGGCUGGGCAGAGGCGCUCCUCACCCCCACAUCACAGAUGGGGCAGCCGGGCAGAGGCGCUCCUCACUUCCCAGAUGAUGGGCGGCCGGGCAGAGGCGCUCCUCACUUCCCAGAUGGGGUGGCGGCCUGGCAGAGGCACUCCUCAUUUCCCAGAUAUGGUGGCCGGGCAGAGGCGCUCCUCAUUUCCGGGCAGAGGCGCUCCUCACUUCCCAGAUGAUGGGCGGCCGAGCAGAGGCGCUCCUCACUUCCCAGAUGGGGUUGCAGCCAGGCAGAGGCACUCCUCACUUCCCAGAUGGGGUGGCCGGGCAGAGGCCCUCCCCACAUCCCAGAUGGGGCAGCCCGGCAGAGGCGCUCCUCACUUCCCAGAUGAUGGGCGGCCGGGCAGAGGCACUCCUCACUUCCCAGAUGGGGCUGCCGGGAAGAGGCGCUCCUCACAUCCCAGACGUGGCGGCCGGGCAGAGGUGCUCCUCACAUCCCAGACACAGGGCGGCCGUGCAGAGGCACUCCUCACUUCCCAGACUGGGCAGCCGGGCAGAGGCACUCCUCAUAUCCCAGACGGGGCGGCCGGGCAGAAGUGCUCCUCACAUCGCAGAUGCUCCUCACUUCCCAGAUGGGGUGGCGGCCAGGCAGAGGCACUCCUGACUUCCCAGAUCGGGUGGCCGGGCAGAGGCGCUCCUCACUUCCCAGACGGGGUGUUCGGAUUAAAGACCUGGUCCCAGUAG